AAUGAAUAAAUUUUUUACUACUAUUUUAUUUUUAUUAAUCAUUUUUAUUCAAAAUGGAAAUCUCGUAGUUAGUAAUGAUGGAAAACUUUCUGUAAAAAAUCUUGAUGAAACGGCAAAGAAUUUAAUAGCAAAUGCAGUUAAUCUUACAGCUACAAAUGAAAGCUCAAAUUCAUCCAAAUUACCUUUAAUUGCCGAACCACCUGUAAAUGAAAAGCAGGCAGAAGAGAAGGCUGAUUCUUUGGCAAUUUUCUUUAUUCUCUUUAUUAUUGUGCUUGCUAUACUUUUGGUUCAUCUUUUGAUUAAAUUCCAAGUUCGAUUUAUGCCGGAGAGUUUGGCAAUUGUUUUGCUUGGUGGUCUAAUAGGCUUCAUUCUUUCUCAAACUCGUUGGGAUUGGAGUGAAGUAGAGCAAUUUAAUCCUUCAAUUUUCUUUUUGGUACUUCUUCCCCCAAUUAUUUUUGAAAGCGGAUAUAAUCUUCACAAGGGCAACUUUUUUGCAAAUAUUGUUCCAAUUCUUUUAUUCUCGGUCGUUGGCACAGCAAUUUCUUCUUUUAUUAUGGGAUUUUUUCUUUAUAUAUUUGGACAGCUUGGAAUUGCUUAUAGUUUAAAUGCUGUAGAAAGCUUUGCUUUUGGUUCAAUGAUUUCUGCCGUUGAUCCAGUCAUUACUCUUGCAAUAUUCCAGGCUCUCAAGGUAGAAGUUCAACUUUAUAUGCUCGCUUUUGGUGAAUCUAUGCUUAAUGAUGCUGUUGCUAUUGUAUUGGCUACAACAGCCCAAGAACUUUCUUCCCCAACUAUUGCACAAAUGAGUUCUUUAGCAACUCUAAAAUUUGCUUUUGAUCGUUUCUUGAUCAUGUUUUUUGCAUCGGCAGCGCUAGGUGCAGCUAUUGGGCUUGUUUCUGCUUUGUUAUUCAAACAUAUCGAUUUGCGACGUACACCUUCUCUAGAAUUGGCAUUACUUUUAAUGUUCGCUUAUCUUCCGUAUGGUUUUGCCGAAUCAAUUUCGCUUUCUGGUAUAAUGGCUAUUCUAUUUUGUGCGAUAAUUAUGAGUCAAUACACUCAUUUAAAUAUAUCACCAAUUACACAAAUAACUUUUCAACAAACAUUUAGAACAAUCUCUUUUGUUGCAGAAACAUGUACAUUUGCUUAUCUCGGCUUAGCUUUAUUUACAUUUGAACUUGUUUUUCAUCCAAUGUUUUUAAUUUUAAGUAUUGUAUUACUUUUUGUAAGUCGAGCAGCAAGUGUUUUCCCAUUAAGUAGUUUAGUCAAUCGAUUUAGCAAAACAAAAAUUUCUAUGAAAAAUCAAAUAAUUAUGUGGUUUAGCGGUAUGCGUGGAGCUGUUGCAUUAGCUUUGGCACUCCAUAUGGAUGUAGAAACUCCAGAAACUAAAAAAGUUAUUUUGACAUCUACAUUGUUUAUAAUACUUUUCACAAUUGUUUUUAUGGGUGGUUCUGCGCUUCCGUUAAUUAAGAUUCUUACUGAUAUAUUUCCUGAUGAACCAAAAAUAUUCAAACAACAACGUCGUCGUAGAAGGGCACGUGCUACUAAAACAAAUGGCGUUAAUGGCUCAGUCACAGGUGGUGCAGGAACAUCUUCACCUUCAAUUGGUACAAAACCUCGACAUAAUUCUCCAGUUAUUUUAAGCAAAACACAAGAAAUGGUUAUUUUUGACUCUGAACAAUUUACUGAUGAAAUAGAAAAUGGAUGUGAUAAUGAAAAUAAACGACCAAAAUCAUCAGUAAUGCCCGAAAGGAAAAACUUUUUUACAGCAUUAAAUGAUAAUUUUAUAAGGCCUUUCUUUGUGCGGAAAUUUACAAAACAGGUUUCCUUUGUCUAUUCUAGCUUUCUAAGAUUUUGAGGAGGAGUUAGCGUUUAUUUAAACAGUUAUCAUUGGGGAUCGGGUUGGGCUCAUCGAUCUCGAUAACCGAGAUUUCUAUUCGAGAUCUCGGCUCGGUCCGAUCUCUAUUAUUUUCGAUGGCUGUAAUUUUGCAUUAACAUUUUCCUUAUUAAUGUCUCUUCCCUUAACUAAAUCCUUCUUAAGAGAUUCUUUGUUUAUUUUACAAUUUU